AUAUGAUUCAUACAGCUGUGAGUACCUAGUAGAACAGUACCGAGUAGGUAGUCAGUCAUACUAUGGAUCGACGGUGACGGUACUCUCCUGUCGGCUGGGAGUCGGCUGUUGGUUUCGAGACCUAUGGACCCGAUCACUUCACUGCAUUUACGCACCACGCUAUGCACCACCCCUGCUGACAAGACAAUAAGCUGCUUAUGGGCAUCAUUGAGUUGCGUCGUUGUACCCAUCUCUCGGGACUGUUGUGAAGAAAAUAAACGCUGCAAGCAAGAGGAGGCUGGAAAUUUCCGAGCAGAAUCUUAUCUUACGCCACCCCCCCCUCCCAAGAGGAUGACAGCCGGAACCCUAACUCGAUGUCCCUGGAUGGUCAAAGACACCACGCAACCUCAUCCAUCAGUGGGUCCACAGCGACAAAAGAGAAAAUUCCCCCCAUAUCGGACCCGAACUUUCCACCGAUCUUGUACCCACCAUAUCCCAAUUCAGUCCAGCUUGCCCUCCGGGGCCACCUCCGGGGCAUUUCUUGACACAUCCGCGGUAAUGGCCGCCCGUCCGCUGUCUCCACCUAUCGCCUGAGGCCAAGUCUUCACCUCUUGGUCGUGGUUAAUUUGAGGUCGGCGACUUGCCGACAGUGUGGACGUAGUUGUCCACAGGGUGACUAGCAAAUUCAGCACUCCGGAGUCCGAACACACCUAUUCGUGUUCUGACUCGGACAGUCACCCGUUCGUUCCUCUCCAGUCGCAACGUCGGAUUCGACCGACGAAUCGAAGCUGACCAAAGCCAGAAGCCCACUCCUGCAUUGGACGCAGAACCAUGCCACCAGCCUGCCGUGGACCCCUGAAUCACCCAUGUGCAAGUCGAC